AUGGCUCCAAUCAACCAAGCGGCAUGGCUGAUGGCCCCAGACAAGGGCCCACUCGAGGUCAAACCAGCACCGUACACAAGGCCCGAUGCUGGGCAGAUGGUUCUGAAGAAUGGCGCUAUCGCCGUCAACCCAAUUGACUGGGCGAAGCAAUUCUGCGGCGAAAAGAAGUGGAAAUGGAUGACUUUCCCGUGGAUUCUGGGCGAAGAUGUCGCCGGCGAAGUCGUCGAGAUAGGCGAAGGCAUCACUCGCUUCAAAGUCGGAGAUAGGGUCAUCUCCCACGCAGUCGGCUUCUAUGUCUUCGGUAAUCGGCCUGAAGAAGGUACUUUCCAGCUGUACACGAUCGUCCGCGAGAACAUGACGGCUCCGAUUCCUGAUUCGCUUUCCUAUGAGAAGGCAUGCGUCAUUCCACUGGCUUGCUCGGCGGCUUGUUGCGCCUUGUAUCAGAAGACGUACCUGGAAUUGCCGUACCCUACUUUCCCGCCGGCCCCGUUGAAUGGGCAAUAUAUUCUUAUCACGGGUGGGGCCACUUCUGUGGGGUGUAAUGCGAUCCAGCUUGCGCGAGCGAGUGGAUAUAAGGUUGUCACGACGUGCUCGGAGCGGAAUUUUCCUCUUGUCAAGAAGUUGGGUGCGCUGUAUGCAUUUGAUUAUGCCAGCCCUAGCUUGCAAGAAGAUAUCGUCGCCGUUCUGAAGGAGGUUGAGGUGGUUGGGGCUUUCGCUAUUGGGCCGGGAUCUGUUGAACUAUCGAUUGAUGUCAUGAGUCAGCUUGGGGAUUCUUGUAAGAAGAUCAUUGCCAAAGCGAGCUUCCCAUGGCCCAAGGAAGACCCUGUCGACGACGAUGAGUAUUGGGCGUAUAUGAAAUGGGUCGAUGGAUGGAACGACAAGAUCAGCGCGCUGGAAGGGAAGCAUGGUAUCACGACGCGAUUUGUGGAGGGCGCAGAGCUUGGCCGUAAUGAGCUUGGUAAGGUAAUCUAUGGAGGCUUUUUGCCUGGUGCUUUGGCUGGAGGCGGGUACGUUGCUGCGCCGGAGCCACAGGUGAUUGGACAGGGGCUUCAACAUGUCCAGGAAGCACUUGAUAUACAUAAACGUGGUGUUAGUGCCAGGAAGGUGGUUGUGAGACUUGAGUAG